ACAACACUGAAGGAAAAAGACUGCGCCAAAAAGCGGUGAAAUAAAUAUACGUUUAUUUUAAUUUUUCGCCAUUUAUACCAUUUAAAUCAUGUCAAAUUCCGAAGCUGAGAGUUCGGGCGAUGAACAAAUGGACGAACAGGUUCCAGGACCAUCCGUGUUGUUGAAAGCUCCACCAAAAGGCAAAAAUGCUGAAGAUGGUGAAGAGGAGGAGGAAGACUAUGAUGCUAAAAUUGAAUCCGAUCGUGGUAACAGAUUUGAAUACCUCCUAAAGCAGACGGAGAUUUUUUCCCACUUCAUGUUGACAGGAAUGACCGGGAAUCAGAAGACUCCUACCAGUCCUCUAAAAAUGAAGGGCAGGCCCAGUAAAGGAAAGCUUGCAGAGAAAGCUAAACUUGUUGAGGCUGGCGAGAAAACAAAACCUAAACCAGACACGACUGAAGGAGUUGACCAUCGUCACAGACGUACUGAGACAGAGGAGGAUGAAGAGCUGAUUACACAGGCAAAGAAGUCCCAGGCCAUGGUUACACGCUUUGAAGAGAGCCCCUCAUACAUCAAGAAUGGUGAGAUGCGUGAUUACCAGGUGCGAGGUCUCAACUGGAUGAUCAACUUGUAUGAGCAUGGUAUCAACGGCAUCUUGGCAGAUGAAAUGGGCCUUGGUAAGACAUUACAGACAAUCUCCUUGCUGGGUUACAUGAAGCAUUACCGACACAUCCCGAGCCCGCACUUGGUCAUCUGCCCGAAGUCUACCCUCCAUAACUGGUGUAACGAGUUCGCUCGUUGGUGCCCCAGUCUGCGCACUGUCAAACUCAUUGGUCUAGCAGAAGAAAGGGCUGCAAUCAUACGUGACGUGAUGAUGCCGGGUGAGUGGGACGUCUGUAUCACUUCAUACGAGAUGGUGAUUCGAGAGAAGUCUGUAUUCAAGAAGUUCAAUUGGCGGUAUAUGGUUAUUGAUGAGGCACACAGAAUUAAAAAUGAAAAAUCAAAGCUGUCGGAGAUAGUUCGAGAGUUCAAGACAGCGAACAGACUGCUACUCACAGGAACACCACUACAGAACAACCUGCAUGAACUCUGGGCCCUCCUCAACUUCCUGCUGCCUGAUGUCUUCAACUCUGCAGAUGACUUUGAUUCCUGGUUCAACACAUCGUCUAUGGAUCUGGAGCUGGUUGAGCGACUUCACGGGGUGUUGCGGCCGUUCCUUUUGAGACGUCUCAAGUCUGAGGUGGAGAAGAAACUGCUACCAAAGAAAGAAACAAAGAUCUUCAUAGGGCUCAGCAAGAUGCAGAGAGAAUGGUACACGAAGAUCCUGAUGAAGGACAUUGACAUUGUGAACGGGGCUGGCAAGACGGACAAGAUGAGACUCCUGAACAUUCUCAUGCAGCUGAGGAAGUGUUGUAACCACCCUUACCUGUUUGAUGGAGCUGAACCAGGCCCCCCAUACACAACGGACAAGCAUCUGGUGGACAAUUGUGGGAAGCUGUGUGUUCUGGACAAACUGCUGCCCAGGCUUCAGGAACAAGGUUCACGAGUGUUGAUAUUCAGUCAGAUGACCCGUAUGUUGGACAUCUUGGAGGACUACUGUUACUGGCGUGCCUACAACUACUGUCGCCUUGAUGGACAGACAGCACACGAGGACAGACAGAAUUCCAUAGAUGAGUUCAACUUCCCUGGCAGUAAGAAGUUCAUCUUCAUGUUGUCCACUCGUGCUGGAGGUCUUGGAAUCAACCUGGCCACAGCGGACAUCGUCAUAAUCUUUGACUCAGACUGGAACCCGCAGGCUGAUCUUCAAGCUAUGGACCGAGCCCAUCGUAUUGGUCAGAAGAAGCAGGUGCGUGUCUUCAGAUUCAUCACUGAGAACACGAUUGAGGAGAGGAUUGUGGAAAAGGCAGAAAUGAAGCUUCGACUUGAUAACAUUGUUAUACAGCAAGGUCGGCUGAUGGACAGUGCCGCCAACAAGCUGGGGAAGGAUGAGGUGUUAAACAUGAUCCGACAUGGAGCCAGUCAUGUGUUUGCCUCCAAGGACAGUGAGAUCACAGAGGACGACAUCGAUGCUAUCAUGGCAAAGGGAGAGAAAAAGACUGAAGAGAUUAAGGAACGCCUGGACAAGUUGGGAGAGGGCCAUCUACAGAAGCUUUCCUUCGACACAGAACAGGGAUCCAUAUACCAGUUUGAGGGUGCCGACUUCCGUGAGAAACAGAAGAUUGGCAUGAACUGGAUUGAGCCCCCAAAACGAGAGAGGAAGGCCAACUACGCUGUGGACCAGUACUUCAGAGAGGCACUGCGAGUGAAUGAACCAAAAGCACCAAGGGCUCCAAGGCCCCCUAAGCAGCCCAAUGUUCAAGACUUCCAAUUCUUCCCACCACGACUGUUCGAAAUUCUGGACAAAGAAAUCUACUUUUACCGGAAGAGUAUUGGCUACCGUGUUCCCCGAAACCCGGAGCUGGGGAACGAUGCAGAGAGAAUACGCAAGGAGGAGCAGGCAAAGAUAGAUGAGGCUGAGCUACUCAAUGAUGAGGAAAAUGCUGAGAAAGACGAUUUACUCAAUCAGGGAUUUACAGAGUGGAACAAGCGUGACUUCAACCAGUUUAUUAAGGCAAAUGAAAAGUAUGGACGCGACGAUAUUGAUAAGAUCUCGAGAGAAGUGGAGGGGAAAACACCGGAAGAGGUUAUAGAAUACUCCCGAGUGUUCUGGGAGAGGUGUAAUGAGUUACAAGACAUUGAGAAGAUCAUGGCUCAGAUUGAGCGAGGGGAGGCCAAGAUCCAGAGACGAAUCAGCAUCAAGCGGGCCCUCGACGCCAAGAUGAUGCGCUACAAGGCACCAUUCCACCAGCUACGGAUCCAGUAUGGUACAAACAAGGGGAAGAACUAUACCGAGGAAGAGGAUCGCUUUCUUAUAUGUAUGCUGCACAAGCUGGGCUUUGACAAGGAGAAUGUGUAUGAUGAGCUGAGAACGGCCAUCAGACAGGCGCCACAGUUCAGAUUUGACUGGUUCAUCAAGUCAAGAACUGCUAUGGAGCUUCAGCGACGUUGUAACACGCUGAUCACGUUGAUUGAGAGGGAGAAUAUGGAACUGGAGGAGAGAGAAAAGGCUGAGAAAAGACGACGUAGCAAGAACUCCGGCGGACAGAAGACUGGCAAGAGGAAGGCGGAAACUCCAACGGGCAGUGCCAGUAAAUCAAAGAAGAAGAAAUGAGCACACUCAGCUAGGCAAAGCUGACUGGAUUGUGAAGUUUGGAAACCUCUGGUGUAUUCCCUGCGGACGUACUUACAGAUCUGGUGUCUCAUUUUAUUAUGGGUUUUAUGAAACGUUCUUUACAGACUGUGUAUAUAGAAGUCACAUUUCAUUUGGUCAUUAUAACUUGCAUUACAGUGCGUCUUGUACAAAAUUGUUUACCAUACAGAAACACUGGUACAUGUAUUGCCUAAGAACAACAUGAACUUAGCUACCUUUAGAGUUCUUCGCCUAUUUUUUAUUUGAUUUUCAAAGACAGUGUACUUAUUUAUUGUGAAAUAUUUCUUAGAAUAUUUUUUUUAAAUACCAUAUCUUAAACAUUUUUCACAAUGGAAAAGGUAACUUAAAUGGUCAGUUAUUUUUGCAUUUAGGACUGUUGAACCAAAAUGUAUGAGAAUCCUGGUGGAGAUGUUGAUCCAACGUCAGGUCUUGUGGACCUACAUGUUGAGUGUUAAAAUUUUAGAUGUGAGAGCCAAAAGGUUCUAAUUAACAUUAAAUUAAGAAGCAGAUGGCACCUUUCCGAUUUCAGCCCUGGUUGUGUAGUGUGAAUGUACAAGUACCAUAGUAUUGAAUGGAUAUUCAGUUCCAUUUAUUUGUCAUUAAAUUUUGUAUAUACUCUGUUGUCAAUAGUAAAUGUCAGUGAUGAAUAAAGAAAGAAAAUGCA